AUGGCAUUUAGUCAACUAUUAAAAUGUGUCAAAUGCAGGUCGAACAAUGAAUUUACCAGACGUAAAUUAUUCUCUUUUUCGAUUGUUAACGAAAUUUCAGAAAAUGUUGAUCAAGAAAAUUUUCAACAGUUCAAUGAGGAAACGAAAGAUACUUUACCUGGCCUUACUAAAAAAGAAGCGGAUGAUGCAUUUUCUGAAAUAUGGAAUCAGCUCGUUGAAUCGAAAAAAAUAGUUUAUGAAAAAGAGCUGAAUGAACGAACGUUUAUUCAUACACCAUCAGGUAAACUAUUUCGAUGGUCGCAAGGCAUUAAUAAUGGAAACUGGCCAGUCACUGGCCGCAGUUUAUGGAUUCUUAUGAAUAACUACGAAAAAUCAAUAAAUGAUGAAGAUAUAAAACUUAAUGACGAUGGUUCUAUUUGGGUUGUACCACGUUGUUCAACAGAUUGGCAACAAGAAUAUAUUGAUUUAAUGUUAGAUCGUCUCAUUGGACAUCUGACUAUUGUCAAUGAAGUUAAUACGAAUCGAGUUUUUCUCAUUGGUAUUUCUUCAUCAGGAGGUGAUGGUGUCUUUCAGUUAGCACCACGUAUGGCAGAUCGAUUGGCAGCAGCCAGUGUUAUUAAUAGCCAUCCAAAUAGUGUAUCACCCUUGAAUCUGCGAAAUCUUCCAUUCGCCAUAUCUAUGACUGGACAGAAUAGCAGUGAUAAAAAUAAGUCAGCAGCUCGUGUGUGGACACAAUCAUUAGAACAGCACAGUAGAGAAAGUUUUAAUGAUGGUUAUCACUAUCGGAUAAAAAUUGGCAAACUGGAAAAACAAAGACACGAUACGAUAGUCUGGAUGAAUAAUCAUAGUAGAAAUCCAUGGCCAACACGCAUAGUUUGGUGUCAUCGAGGUUAUUUGUCAGAAAAACGUUUUUAUUGGCUGGCUCUACCAAUCGCAGGACAAGUAAAAAAUGGAGAGACAAUUGUAGCUGAAGUGAGAAAUCGAAAAAAUAUUUACCUUGAACAAAUACCUGAAGAAAUCAAAGCACUUGCAAUUAGGCUAUCGGAUAAAUUAGUCAAUCUUGAUCAAACAGUGACUGUUAGUAUAAAUAGAGAGACAACAACGACAAAGAUCUUUCAUGGUAUUGUACCUCGUACUCGAACAGCUAUCGAACAAUCACUAGAAGAACGAACUGAUCCAAUGAGUGUUGCUACCGCAUUACUUCAUGUUAUUUGGAGUUCAAAUGGAUCCAUAGUAUCUUGUCAUUCACCAGCUAAUACAGAACUGGCGUGUCCUGUAUGUUGUCUUCGAAUGUGA